CGCGAGCACAUGGCGAGCGUUGGGCGCGCUUGGUCUUGUUUCUACACGUUGAGGAUUGCAUCAAAUCGGCGCGCGUGCGUUGGCGCGCACUUUUUUCGCAUCGCGGACUAAUUGAACCGAGAGAAGCGCGUUUGAGUCUCGUUUACGCGGAUUUCCCUGUCAUUCGUGCACUUGUGAGGUACGUUGUGCGUUAAAAAGCGACGGGUGAAGCGAGAAUCGAACCUUCUCCACUGCUUUGUUUACACUCCCGAGUUUUCCUACCAUCGUCGAGAAGGGCCCAACAUCGAAAGAAAACCUGGCAGGCAUGCUGAGACAUGGCCGGCAAGUUAAUGCGGUAUUCCUUUCUUUUGACGAAGUGUCCUGAUACCAGGUCUGCCGACAUGGCAGGCUUGACCACUGGCAUCUGUGGAGUGUCUUACGGACGCUACAACUACAUUAUGAAACAGCUGCAUGGCAUGCAGAGGUACUCUCUGGCACUUCCGAGAAGCUUCAUGCAGAGGCGGGCUAUGGCAACCAUGCUUAGCACGAGUGACGUUGCUCCGGUGACUGUGUCAAAGAUCAAAAAGGUGCUGAAGGACAAUUCAGUUGGAUUUGAGGAAGGAUACACCUGUCUAAAGAUCACGUGCCCCGUCUGUCAGCACGACCCUUCUAUCGCCGAGGUUCCCAAGAGUCUGCCGCCAACAGCGUUUAUCAACGUCAGAACAGGCCUCUUCACAUGCUAUAAUUGCCACGUAGUGACCAGUUGGCGGAAUCUUCAAGACUGCUUUGCAAUUGAGAAAACCGCAGAGCUCAGGGAACGGCUAGCAGCUGAUUGUCACGCCUUUCCUAACGAGCAAGAAGUGAGAGAUCUGCAAUCUCUCUACGAGUCUUCCACACGGCUAGCAGAUGCCGAGUCAUCGCUGCUGCAGCAGAUAAUUAGCAGGUUUGGUCUGCAGAGGAUACACCCAGUGACCAUGAGGGCAAUGGAUGUCCGUCUGUCUGAAGACAAGUCCAGUAUUCUGUUUCCCAUUUAUGGACCAACAAAAAAGCUGGUUGCGCUGAAGUCCAUAGAAGUGACAGAGGAGCAUGAAGCUACAAACAUUUUCCCCAGGCCAACAGUUGUGGGCCUGUUUGGUUGGCAUAGGAUCAAGAGGGGCCACCAGGAGCUGAUCCUGACUGCAUCCGAGAAGGAUGCCUUGGCUGUCGUACAGGAGACCAAUCUGCCGGUGGCAUCUCUUCUAUCAGGAACUUCGAACCUGCCUUUGGAGGUGCUUCCAUUGUUUGAGCAAUUUGACAAGAUCACUCUUUGGUUUGGAAACCGUCUCCAAGACUGGGAAUCCGUGAAGGUCUUUGCAAGAAAGCUGUCUGAGAAAAGGUGCUACUACAUCAGGCCCAAGGAGGGUUACCCUCUGGCAGCACUGCAGGCCAAGCCGCAGAGCCAGCUUCCGGAUGUAUUGAAACGGUGCCAACCAGUCAGCCAUCGAGCCAUCACGACGUUCCACAGCUUGCGAGCUGCAGUCGCAGACCUACUACAGAAUGUGGACACGUUCAUGGGUGUGCCCUGGCAGAGGUUUCCUGGGCUCGUGCGGCUACUCAAAGGUUUUCGGACGGGGGAGCUAACAGUAUUUACGGGACCCACUGGUUCGGGCAAGACCACAUUUAUGUGCGAGUACUCCUUGGACCUUUGCAUGCAAGGGGUCAACACUCUUUGGGGGAGCUUCGAAAUUCAGAAUGAAAAGCUGGCCAAGAUUAUGCUAACCCAGUUUGCCAAAAUGUCACUAGAGAACAACAUGGAGGAAUUUGACUUGUGGGCCGACAAGUUUGAGCUCCUCCCCCUGUACUUCAUGACUUUCCAUGGUGAAGAGUCCAUGAAGAACGUGAUGGACGCAAUGUCCCAUGCUGUCUACGUGCAUGACAUUCAGCAUGUGGUGGUAGACAAUGUGCAGUUCAUGAUGGGUGUUGGCAUGGACAGCUCCAACGUUGAUCGUUUCUGGAGGCAGGACCUCUUGAUUGCCUCUUUCCGACGUUUUGCCACCCAGCACAACUGUCACGUAACGCUUGUCAUGCAUCCACGCAAGGAGAAAGACUCCGAGGAGCUCAGUACCAGUUCCAUCUUCGGUGGAGCCAAGGCAAGCCAAGAGGCUGACAACGUGCUCAUUCUCCAGGACCGGAGGCUCGCGUCCCCACAGGGACGCAAGCAUUUGCAGGUGACCAAAAACAGAUUCGACGGAGACAUCGGGUCGGUGCCACUUGAAUUCAACAAGGAGAACCUCACCUUUUCCGAGAGCACAUCGCCAUUCAAGAAGCCUGUGGAACGAAAACCAAAAAGUGCCUCUUUCCGCACCGGUCUUCCACCACCCAGAUGAAUUUUUCUUGCGACAUAGUCAGGGACGUUACACCGAAUGCUACUGUUGGGCUCCAGAGUUCACGUUUUGUAUUUCAUCAGUUUUUUUAUGGUGUUACCUAGGGGAAAACUGGCUUCGGAUUGCUCAUUCCCUUGUAAUACAGUGCAUCAAGAGCUCUUAGUUUACAGUCACACAAUUUUUCUUAUUGAAUCGAGGGGACGUGUUUGGGUAUGGUGCAGUUUAAACGAAACGCAAAAAUGUGCCGGCAAAGCACUUGUUGAAGGAAAGACGCAAAACGUCCGCACUUACCGUGUGAAGUUGCUUUUUUUUUGUUUCUUGUAAGCGGCUGUAUUUAGGUUUAUUAAAGGACUCUUCACCAGGUUUGAGCAUUGCAAAGAAACAAAUGCACCAUGUAGAUUGUUCGGCGGCAAUCGACUCUGCGAAGUAUAAAACUGCUGCAUGGCACGACAACAGUCGAAAUUUCAAAUGGAAGGCCAUCCACCUUUGCUUUCAAGGCAGCCAAGCUUCAAGAGAGUGAAGUCACACACACACGUUGCUUAUGCAACAGGCACUCCUUGGAACAUCACUGACCAUGGCUUAAUGUGAAGAGUACAAUACUGCAAGUGAUGUGCCUCGAAGCAAUAUAAAAAGAGAACAAAGAGGUAAUGUCGCAACACGUGACACGUACAGAAUGAAGGGAACGUUCAACCUUUGCGGACACUAGCCAAGAGAAAGGGGAGGAGCCUGUCUCUGCCGACAGUAGCUCUCCCCUGGUGGAAUGAUAACGGGGCAAUUCAAUCACAGUUCAAUCACACCCAAUAGUACCUCAAACAAUGAACCGAUGUGCAGAACGAUUUGCUAAAACUCUGCAUAGAUGGCACCUUAAAUCUUCCAGCACAUUUCCAGAAGAUUGUCAAGCAAAUACUCGGACAACAGCUGGAGACCAAGCGAAAAAGAAUCAUCGGUUAAGAAAAAGGUUAAAGAAACGAAGAAGGGCCUGUGGAAAAUAGCGAUGCUCACGAAAUCAGCAAUGAAAACGUGCAGAAGUUUCGAGCAGGAAAUUCCCAAAGAAAAGAUCUACAAUAACUCUAGAGGUAGCUCCGUUGUUUGAAGCCAGGAUGGGAGUAUGGCGGUCCAAGUAUGAAGGGAUAGCACACUUUGCGGUGCUGGUGGAGAGGAGGAGGGAACACCUGAUACUUGUCUGUAAAGGGCUUCACCUUACAGUCCAAGGCAAUGGGGCUGUAUUUUGCGAAGCAUUGGGGUUUAAGGACAGUGAAGGCAAAAUAUAUUUUAGGCACGUAGAAAUAACCAAGAGGACGUUAUCUGAUUGGUGGCUACAAUCAAGGCAGGAGUGAAAUUUAGUUUUUGACUUCACAUUGUUUUAUCAGUUACAGCUAGGUGGCAUGAGCUGCCGCCCGAUCAGAAGGGUGCAGCCCCAUCCAUACAUUGUGCAAUCGAAAUUUGUCGUGGAACCUGGUGACGUGUCCUUUAAGGGAUUUGGUUUAGGUGAAUUAAGGCUUUAUUGGUGUAGCUACAAUGCUCUAGGCCAAGCCACGUUUGAGACGAAGCCGUGCACUUCCACAACACCCGUUCGGAAGUCUACAUAGACGGUGAUACAAGACUUCCCUUUAGGUAACAUUGUGAGAGACACCUUAUGUAUUUUAUCACACACCUGCAGCGAAGUACUAGUAGUCAUUUUAUAACACGCAAGAUUAUGUUGCACAGGUCAAUGUUGCUGCACAAAGGUCUAACUUAUAAACAAGAAAAUGGACUGAUCUAGUUUGUAGAU